AUGAACCCUCUAUCAGAUGGUGAGCAUGAGAACUUGCCCCUGUUAGACGAGCAGGGUGGCCGCAGGAAAUACACAUCUACUCCCUCCUGGCCACAUUUUCGACGACCUUCACCAGUAUGGGCCGUGUGCUUUUACACUGUUUACAUGUUCAUUUUCGGCGUCUUGGCCAUCCCGGAAUUUAAUGCGACACUAUCCUUGAUCUGUCACCAGAAACAUUCCCGUCGACGGCCCGGUGAAUCGGAUUCUACCGAGGAACUUACAGAAUGUUUCGCCAACAAACACGCGCAAUCCGAUUUAUCUCGAUUUCUCAUAUAUGGCCAGAUGACAGCGGGUCUCCUGAGUGCCUUUGCCACCCCCAUACUGAGCUCCCUCUCGGAUCGCAUCGGUCGCAAACCGAUCCUCGCCUCUGCGGUGGUAGGCCCGCUACUAUAUGAGAUGCUCAUGGCAUUUAUACUCCGCUAUCCGGAUCGGAUAGAUAUGCACUGGCUGCUCGUGGGAUAUGCAAUGGAAGGCCUGAGCGGAACCAUGAUAACGGCAACCGCAACCUCUCAGACAUACAUUACCGACCUCACGCAGCAUACCUCCCGGGCGCGCUGGUUUGGUUAUUUACAGGCGGCGUUUUCCUUCGCGGGCGCGGGAGGGCCUGUCGUUACCGCCUUACUGCUAAGGACGCCUGAUAGCCUCAAGCUCAUUUACCAGCUUGCAGUGGGAGCUCAUAUAUCCCUCUUAUUGUUGAUCCUUCUUGUCUUGCCCGAAUCCUGUCGCCCUGAGUCCAACAAACGAUGCGAUCAAGAAGGAGGCAUGCCAGAACCACCCUCCGAUAGCCGGGGCCUCCGCAAUUGUCUAGUAUCGAUCAAGUCCAUUUGGGAAUCUAGAGUGUUGCAACAAAAGAAUACCCUCAUUCUGGCUGUUAUGGACAUGAUUGCUUUUGGGACUAUGUUAGGCCUACCCACACUGCAAUUGGCCUACCCGGCAUUCUUGUUCACCUGGGCACCGACCACCCAAAGCUUCUUUAUGUCCAUCACCUGUUCAUGGAGUGUUGUGGUUUUGACCGUGGUAUUUCCCCCGGUGCUGGUCCAGGUUCGCCGAUGGAGGAGAAGGUUGGAUAUGCCGAGUCGGUCGACUGCUUUCAAAUCCGAACUGUGGUUGGUCAGGGCGAACUUCGUAUUGCAGUUAAUAGGCUAUACGGGCAUCGCCUUCUCACAAGAGCCCAGCCAUUAUGUCGUAUCCUCCUUGAUUCUUGCAUCUUCCUCAUCCAUCACGCCUCUAUUGACAUCAUGUCUCGCUGCGCAAACGCCCCAUUUAAAAUCAGGGCAGUUGCUGGGAGUGCUGAGCUUCCUUCAUUCAAUUGCUCGAAUUGUGGUUCCUGCGCUUCUGAAUGCUACCUAUAGCAUGACAAUAGGUCUCUUCCCAGCCCCUUUGUUUGUCUCAUUAGCAACAAUAAAGGUUGACCCAAGGAGCAUCUAA